AUGCUGUAAUCUUUGCUUCAGUAUGGCUGUAAAAUAAAAAAGAAAAUAUAAACAAGUGUGAUAUUUUGCUGGUUUGAACCAGUUUAUAGCCUAUUUCUUUAUAUAAUUGAAUAAAAAUAUUUUGAUAUACACAAUUCUCUAUACCAAAUAUAUAUUUGAACCAUGCUGUAGCAUAACAAAAAUUCAUAUCAAGGGGCAUAGUUUGUAAUGUUUUCAAGAGCACUGUUGUGUUGUAAACGAACUAUGAGUGCACGCAAGGCGGAGCUGAGGCGGGCGCUGCUGGUGUCCAAGUCGUCGCGCUACGAGUUGGAGAGCCUGCGUCACCCGGGCCUCUGCCCCCGGGAGCUGGAGGCCAAGCUGCGUCGGCGCGGCUCGGACUUCGACCUGCUGGCCCACCACCACCGCGUGCACAAGGACUUUGAGCGGCUCGUGGAGGCGGCCAUGCGCGGCCGCGGCAUCGAGACCCGCCUCGUCAACAGGUUCCAGCUGGUGCAGGCGGACGUGGACUGGGCGGACUUCGUGUUCGCGCUGGGCGGCGACGGGACCUUCCUCAUGGUGGCGAGCAGCGUGACGGGCCGCUCCAAGCCCGUGGUGGGCUUCAACUCCGACCCCGCGCGCUCCGAGGGCCACCUGUGCCUGCCCAAGGCGUACUCCGAGGACGUGGGCGGCGCGGUGGACCGCCUGCUGCAGGGGCGGUACCGCUGGAUGUUCCGCAGUCGGAUCCGCACCACGCUGCUCGGCGGGGACCACGACAAGCCCCCCGUGGAGCUGCAGGGGCAGGCGCUGGCCCCGCCUGCCAGUGAGCGAUACACGGAGGAAGAGAAGGAGCGUGCCACACGGACCAAGCACGACACUUCCAGAGUUCUGCCCUUCUUUGCCUUGAAUGAGGUGUUCAUCGGGGAGUGCCUGUCGGCGCGGGUGUCCUACUACCAGCUGGCCCUGGACGGGGGGCAGAGCACCCGGGUGAAGAGCUCGGGGCUGUGCGUGACCACAGGCACCGGCUCCACGUCCUGGCACCUCAGCAUGAACCGCGUCGACGAGCAGACCGUGAGCAGGUUGGCGGGCCUGCUGGGCCGCCGGCUCAGCUCGGAGGAGACGCGACGCGUCACCAGCGCCUACAACGCCAGCCUCGUGUUCUCGCCCGAGGACGCGCGCCUGAGCUACACGAUCCGCGACCACAUCUGCGCGAGCGUGUGGCCCAGCCCCAAGGGCAUCGAGCCGCGCGGUUUCGCCCGGCACCUGCUCGUCACGUCGCACUGCUUCGACGCGGGCCUCGUCAUCGACGGCCGGCUGUCCUUCAGGUUCAACGACGGCAACGCGGCCAGGCUGGAGAUCUGCGACUGCGACGCGCUGCGCACCGUGGUGCUGGGCGACUGACGCUCUGCCCCGGUUCCCGUCCUCUUCCUCCGCUGAAUCUGUGGUCGUGCGAGCGGGUCUUUCUGGAAUUUAUUUAAAUAAAUUUUUUUUUUUACUGCUCAGAGUUGACUUCAAAUGGACGUAGUUAUGCAAAAAAGGAACCAACCCACACGAAACCUAUUCUGAGUAUUUUGAAGUUAAAGUUGAUUAUAAAUUGUAAUUCUCGUAUUGAUAACAUAAUGCGGGCAUAUUUUUAAUGGUCUAGUAUAAAUACUGAUAUAAUAAUAGCAACGACGGUACGAUCAACCUUGUACUAUUUUAAUUUAUUUUCAAACAAAAUAUAACAAAAUUGUGGGUUGGUUCCUUUUUUGCAUAACUACGUCCAAAUAAGGCGACCUAGUUGAAGAUAAGUUGGCAGCUGUCCGGGAAUAACAAGGGCGUCGGCGAAAGUAUUCGAGUUCGGAUUUGUGAACUUACAAGACUUGCAUGUUAGUUUGCUUACAGAAACAAAUCUAGUCUAUGUAUAUUAUUUGCAAGUUAAGAUGAGGAGAUAUUAAAAUUCAAAACUUUUUAACUGAUCCAUGUGGUUGUGCCGAAAAAAAAAACUGUCAUCUUGAAUUCAGGCGGUCGCAUUUCUUUUGCGCGAUGGAGAACAUCCUAUUCUCUUUUGUGGUUGGCCAGUCUUUCUGAUGCCUCCGCGUGACUCAAGGGCCGUUUAGAAGUCUCUGUUUCUCAAAGAACCAAGUCCUGUGUGGCGGGGUGCUUAUUUCUUAUAAAGUUAAACUUUGCUGUUGCUGAUGAAACUGGAAGUAGGCCUGUGCCAAUACUAGUUUUUUUUUUUAAUGCAAAGCUUAUAUCAAAUUGAAUGUUUAAAAUAUUCGCGAAGUCAAAUCGAAUUGUGAAUAUUGUUCUUGGCGAAGCUGUAUUACACUUAAAUUAUAAAAUAAAGGAUUGAAGUAAAAAAAAAAAAAUUAUUGUUUAGAUUUUGUAAUGAACUGAUUAAGUGAGUAACCAAUUGAGCUUUCAUAAAGAUGAAAAAAAUGUUUGAGAGAAUAAACAAGAUAGUUGCCAUUUCAUAUUUUUUGGUUUUUUUUAUUCUUUGAUUUCAUUAUAUUUAAAUGUGAUCGAAUUUAUAGGUGUACCUAUUAAUAUUUUUUAUUUAUAAAAUGUGCCACAAUUAGUUAACGAAUUGACAAUUUUACAAAAGUUCUAUCCACAAAUAAAAAUAUGCAUAUAUUUUGAUGAGCACGUGAAAAUGUACAUAUCCAUUGUUAACUUUACUCGCAAAUUCAAGAUCUGUAUUGACUAGACCAGGAUCGUAACAAAUUUUUGCAUAGUGGUUCUUGCCUACCAUUGAUAUAUUUAUUCUCAGCAAUUUUGUGGCGAGCUACGUAAUUCAACGUAAUUUAACAAAAAGCUAAUAAUUAGCUCAUGUUUCAGUAAUAAGCCAAUAAAUGCACAUAUAGAAUUUAAUCUUUAACGUGACUAUGUAGAUGAAUUAAAUAAUUUUUGGUUGAGUAUGUAGUUUUGAACUAUUCUAUUGAAGUAUAAUUUUUUUUAAGUUCUGGCAGCUCUGAGACAAUACCUUAUAUUGUCUUUUGUUGAAAUAUAAGUGUAGGGCCUUUAUUUUUAGCACAUAACUUUAUCGACAUCUUAAAUUUGUCUAGUUUCGCCAUAAAGCAAAUUCCUUGAAAAAAUAAAUUUUUUCCCUUGAAACCCUGGAAUUGUGCAUGAAUUUCAAAAUCCAAGUUUGAUGGCCACUCUAAAAAAUACAAGUUUUCAGUUAUAUACUGACUGAUUCACUCAAUAGUACAAUGCUAAAAGUUAAAUAAACAAUAUAAAAUGAGAAUUGAAAAAAUAAAUAAAUUUAUUAUGUCCUACAUGUUUUCUGCUUUGAAACCCAUUGCUGUACAAGCACAAAUGGUGGCUCAAUAAAUUGUUUGAGGAAACUGGUCUUUUUUUUUGUUUGCCGUCACUGUAUAUUUUAUUGAUUGACAUAAUGUUUUUUCUACUAAAUAUAUUAUUUCAUUUAUAAUAAAAAAUUGUGUUGCAAAAAGUUGUUUUAUCACGUUGAACCCUCUCCAUCUUCAAAGCUAUGUUUAAAGUAUGAAAAGACAGAGAAGAAAUUAUUAUUUGUACAUAAUUGACUGUAUGUAUAUAGCAAUCAGAUGUAAUGCAUUGUUAAUAUUACAUUUAAAAUUUCUUUAUAAUGAUUCUGUAGGAGUGAGUUGUUCUUCAGAUGUUGCAUGCAGAAUCAUAUUGCUUUUAGCAUUGUUUUUGGUUGUAUUGUGAGCAAAUCCUCUAAUAGGAGUACGGCAAAGAAGUAUGUUAUAUGAAAUUGCACGUAAAUUUCUUCUCAAAAUUUGUGAUGGAAUUAGCAGCUCUCUACAGAACCACGAAUCUGGUUAACAAAACUUUCUAAUCAACACUGUACCUAAUAUUGUAAUAUACAAUAUUGUAUUUAGUUUAGUGAGUGUAUUCUACAAACUCAUAUAUAUGUAAUGUGUUUGUCCAGAGUUAGUGGUAUUAUCAGCAGUUUGCAAACUUGAGUUAUUCCUUAUGUAAGUUGGUCUGCUAAUGUAAUUCUUGAUGUAAGCUUAAUGAAAUGUAUAUACAUAUUUUCCGAAAGAUAUAAAUUUUAUUCCUCAAAGAGCAAAACAAAUUGACUGUGACACUUUGAAGCAGCAUUUCCAUAAUAAUCUUUGCAAAAGAAUAUUUUCGAAUUAGAUGCAUACAUGUAGUUUGUCAUGACCGAUUAUCAUAAAACUUAAUAUGAUUAUUUUCUGCGCUCUGUGUGUAUGUUUGGCCUACUUUGAAAUUUUUAUGUUGAAGGGUUUCAACUAUGUUUGUUGUCAGUUGGAGAGAAGUUUCUGUGUCAUUGAACAACUUGUACUUUCAGAAAUGUACACGUAUAGUUCUAAGUUUGUAACAUGUACCAAUUUUUUAUUAAAAGAAAAUAAUUUUAUUUUGGAUAUUUGUUGUGAUAACAUUUUUCAAAUGAAAUGCACAGACCUAAUUUUAUGCUUGAGUCAUUUCUGUAUCAUACAACAUAUGUUUUGUCACUACGUAACCAUUUAGAGAAACUUAAAAUUAGAAUAUUUAUGCUGGAAAUAUUUUAAUUCUGUAUUAUACAAAUCCAGGACACAUAAUAGCAGUAGUUAAAUUACGGUAUUAUUCUUUGGAAAACCUUUGGUGAACUCAUACAUAUACAUAAAUUGAAAAAUUAUGUUAUGUAAAGUACAGUAAGUCUCUCAAAUCCUUGAAAAUUCUUCUGGUGACAAUAUUUUUUAUGCAGUCUGUCUAAAUUUGGACCAUAUUUGAUUUUGCCUCUAAUCAUGUUCUUAUACAUCCAGUAAGGAUCUAAACUACAUGCUUAUUUGAUAACUUAAUGUAAUUUGAAUAAAACAAUACUUAGCAUUGCAGCUACACCAAUAGUGCAGAGGAUAACUCUAAACUGGGGAAAUCUACAGCACUGUUCGAGAGAAAAGUGGGUCUCUGACAGGUAGGUAUAAAUAUCAUAAAAACAUCUUAAAUUAAUAAUUGAUAAAUGAACACAUUCACUGACAUAUUGUGCAAGACAGUUAUCAGAGACAUGUAUUUUGAUGUUCUAGAAAUUAUAUUUUUUUAAGUCUUCUAUCAUUUUUUUAAAUACAAACUGUUAGUAUUAUAGAAUUAUCAAUACCUUCCUGGCAGAUUGACAAUGAAAUGGCUACUUUUUGGUAAAAUUUUGGGCAAGUGCUGCCAUCUGUUGAGUAUUAAUUGAAUUAAUAUUUCAUACCUCUUUCUUGUUCAUGACUGCCUGGUAGAACAAAGAUAAAAUGACUACUUUUUGGCCAAGGUUUUGGGCAUGUGCUGCCAUCUGUUGAGUAUUAAUUGAAUUAAUAUUUCAUACCUCUUUCUUGUUCAUGACUGCCUGGUAGAACAAAGAUAAAAUGGCUACUUUUUGGCCAAGGUUUUGGGCAUGUGCUGCCAUCUGUUGAGUAUUAAUUGAAUUAAUAUUUCAUACCUCUUUCUUGUUCAUGACUGCCUGGUAGAACAAAGAUAAAAAGGCUACUUUUUGGCCAAGGUUUUGGGCAUGUGCUGCCAUCUGUUGAGUAUUAAUUGAAUUAAUAUUUCAUACCUCUUUCUUGCUCAUAACUGCCUGGUAGAACAAAGAUAAAAUGGCUACUUUUUGGCCAAGGAUUUGGGCAAGUGCUGCCAUCUGUUGAGUAUUAAUUGAAUUAAUAUUUUAGUACUGCCUGGUAGAAUAAAGAUGAAAUGGCUAGUUUUUGACAGGAUUUUUGAUUAUUAUUGAGUUAAUAAUUUAUACCUCUGUCAUGUUUAUGACUAACUGGUGGUAUAAAGAUGAAAUUACUAGUUUUUAGUAAGGUUUUCGAUAGGUGCUGCUACCAAAGCUGAUGACAGCUUGGCCAAAAGGCUCUGAAAUGAUCUAGGUGAGUUAGUAAUUAUUUAAAGGUAUG